CAUCAUCGCCGCCCUUGCACGAAAAAAAACAAGUUCGUUUUUACAACAUUGAAAACGCCGAAAAUUUACGUAAAUAAUUAGCAAGUGGUAUAUUUAGUUGCGUGCCUUAGCAAGAGUAAUUUGUCUACACGAUGGUGUUCAACUUUACCGCCUUCACGUACAUCGUUGCCUUGAUUGGCGACGCAUUCUUGAUAUUUUUCGCAAUAUUUCAUGUUAUUGCGUUCGAUGAGCUCAAAACAGAUUACAAAAAUCCAAUAGAUCAGUGUAAUAGCCUUAAUCCGCUAGUUUUACCUGAAUAUUUGCUGCACAUAUUCCUCAACUUGUUAUUCUUGGUGUGCGGCGAAUGGUUCUCCCUGGCCAUCAACAUACCCCUCAUUGCCUAUCACAUUUGGCGCUACAAAACUCGUCCUGUGAUGUCCGGACCGGGUUUAUAUGAUCCCACAACGGUGCUGAAAACGGACACGCUGUCCCGCAACAUGCGUGAGGGUUGGAUCAAGCUGGCCGUCUAUCUGAUUAGCUUCUUCUACUACAUCUACGGCAUGGUUUAUUCGCUCAUAUCCACAUAGAGCAAGCAGCUGCCUGGGGCUCGCUCGGGAUCUCUGCAUCGUCUAUAAGUUGUCAUAAAAAGCAUAACGGGGAGUGUGUGGUGUGUACCGCUUCAGAUGAGAUUAUCUCACAGCCGCGAACAAUAAAUAUAAUUCACCUCUGUAAAUCCCAUUGAGUGCGCCUCAUAACAAAACGAUAUUGAAAGUAUCAGAUCAAAUCAGCAUUUUCUUCUUCUUGUUUGCUUAUGAUUUGUUUUAUUAUUUUUAUAAUUUCUGUAAAGUUGUAUUAUUAAUUUUUUUUUUUGCAUUUCGCAUUCGUGGUGUAGUUGGAUUUUAAGCAUUAAAUAAAAGUCAAAUCAAAGUAAUA